CCGUUUCGUUCUCCGGUUGGGGAUUGAUGUUGGCACAUGGUUUUUCCCGAACAACAGUCGAGGCAGUGGCACUGGUGCUGCUAGUGAAUAAGUGACUCUGGUGCAGUAGUUUUGUGGUACGGUGCAAUUUCCCGUGGGACCUGGAUGCCGCUGGUUCUCGGGAAGGAUUCAAAAUAUCGGUAGUGGUAUAUUGUGAUUGACGGUAGGGGAUUCGACCGGGGGAUCAUAUCUACGGUAACGUUUCCGGAUCGGUGCAAAUCGUGUUGUCGAUUGUGAGUUCAAAAAAGCAAUCCCAGUCCGUAAACAGACGAAAUAAUGUCAAACAGUUUAGCAGCAAAAAAGGCACUUCGAUUGUGAAACGAGAACAAACGGUCCAGCCUUCGAACUGAACAGAAGGGACACUCAUUGAAUUAAGGCUAACUGCGAAUGCGUGUGCCUAUAUUUAAGCAGCAUCUCUAGGAAGCGUGCCGGCGGGAGUCUUUUUGAACGAAUCCAUCGGAAAAAGGAAAACAUCAUCGCCUGCCACUUGACCGCGCUCGAGUCACCUACAAAGCAGAGGGACGGAAAGGCAACGCAAUGAAAGGAGUCUUCGCGUUGUGCUUUCACGUGAUGCUGCUCAGCUUCCAAGCAAAGGCCUGGCAAACGGUACGGAAUCCGUUCGAGUUCAUCAAGCCCCCGGAGAAGAUACACCCAGUGACAGAUUGCAUGCACGUCACUUCGGAGGAAGGAGAGUUCUUCUUUAAGAAAACAGCCCCAAUCGUUGCAACCCCCAAACAUGGACGGCUUAUUGACAUCCUCAGUGUGGCGCCGGUAAUGGACGUGUGUGGACUGUAUUUCGUGACCGAUCCGGAUAAGAUUGUGGAGGUCAGCGUCAAACAUGUCGAUGUGAAUUGCGAUCUUGGUGGGCUAAUGGCCUUCGUCGACGGGUGGGAGCUGAAUGGAAUGUACUUUCCCACGGAGCAAGAUCAUCCCAGAAGUAUGGAGCAACGGGUUGAGGAGUUUUGCAACGAUCCAAAACUAUGGCCGUUCAAACCGGUACGGAAAGCCUUUCGGUCCAGUCAGAAUGCUGCCUUGAUGCAGUACCGGAUACCGAUCAGUGGUUCGUUCGUCGUUUCGGUUCGGUAUAUUCGUAAUCCCGACCCUUGCAAUGUUAUGGCGGAAGGAGUGGCUCCAUUCUACACACUGGAGAACCAUGGCAAACGUCGGAAUUGCUCACUAACGGCAGUGUUCCCAGCGGUGAUGUCCGUCGUAAGCGUGGAUGUGGGAGAACGUAAGGAUGGCGUCAGUUAUGAUUGCGAUCGAUUGGAUGCAGCGGAUAAACUGGACAUCGGCGGCUCAACCGGGCUGGACUCAACUCACAUGGACCUAUCGAGCUCGGUAUGCGGCAAAAGUGGCGAGCUCGGUCCGGAACAGGCGAUUUUCUGUGGCACAUCGACGGUUCGGCUGAUUUCCAGCGGUCGGUACGCGAACCAGGCCCGGAUUGCCGUCCGGCUGGCAGAGGAAAACGACAUCCCGUUGGCUACCGUGCUCUGUGACAUGAGGCGGAAGAAGAGGAAGUAAAAAAAACCUGUGUCCGGCAAUGAAGUGCAAUGGUUUGCAGCAGUACACAAAAUCUGUAAAAUAGUGAAAUGCAAAAUAUGAUCUCACUGUGUGUUUUUUGAUGGGUCGAUUGCGUAGGUAACGAACCAUUUGGUAUAGGGACAAUUAAUGUGCAGACUACACUGUUAGAGAUUUAGCUAUUACUCACUUUUCUACUGCAUUUUAUCUUGCUCUUGGGGAGACUUCUCUACUUUGUGCCAGGAAGGGAAAACAGCAAAAAUGCAAGUGAAAUUCAGAGAACAAAAACGAGCCGAUAUUUAUUUAAGGUGUAUCAAAAUCAACAUAAAAUAACAGUAAAUGAAACUAGAAAACAAUGCACAGGAAUAUACAUGCAUCAUGCGUAGAGAACUACAGAGAAAUAAAAGAAAUGAAUGUUAACUUUGACAGCCA